UGGAGACGGCGCCACGAGGGGGCUGAGCGGGGCCAGGCGGCGGCGGGGCACUUCGGAGAGGCCAGGGCAGCUGAUGGUUUUGGAGAAAUUUCUUAAGGUAGCCGGACCCGCCCCCUUUCCCCCACCCAUCUCUUGUCCUCUCCCCCACACCACCACCAUCCUGGCUUCCCUCCCUCAUGACCGCCUGGAUCCUCCUUCCUGUCAGCCUGUCAGCAUUCUCCAUCACUGGCCUAUGGACUGUGUAUGCCAUGGCCGUGAUGAACCGCCACGUGUGCCCCGUGGAGAACUGGUCCUACAACGAGUCCUGCUCUCCUGACCCCACUGAGCAAGGGGGCCCGAAGACAUGCUGCACUCUGGAUGAUGUACCCCUCAUCAGCAAGUGCGGCACAUAUCCCCCAGAGAGCUGCCUCUUCAGCCUCAUCGGCAACGUAGGUGCCUUCAUGGUGGCUCUGAUCUGCCUUCUACGCUACGGGCAGCUCCUGGAGCAGAGUCGUCACUCUUGGCUUAACACCACAGCACUCAUCACAGGCUGUACCAAUACCGCAGGCCUCGUGGUGGUCGGCAACUUCCAGGUGGAUCAUGCCAAGUCUCUGCACUACAUUGGAACUGGCGUGGCCUUCUCUGCUGGACUACUCUUUGUCUGCCUGCACUGUGCCCUCUCCUACCAUGGCACCACCACUCCCCAGGACCUGGCUGUGGCCUACCUGCGGAUUGUGCUGGCAGUCAUCGCCUUUGUCACGUUGGUCCUCAGUGGUGUCUUCUUUAUCCACGAGAGUUCUCAGCUGCAGCACGGGGCAGCCCUGUGCGAGUGGGUGUUUGUCAUCGACAUUCUCGUUUUCUACGGCACCUUCAGCUAUGAGUUUGGGGCAGUCACCUCAGAGACACUGGUGGCAGCGCUGCAGCCUGCCCCUGGCCGGGCCUGCAAGUCCUCUGGAAGCAGCAGCACCUCCACGCACCUCAACUGUGCCCCUGAGAGCAUCGCCAUGAUCUGAGGUCUAGGGUGGGUGGCCUGCCCUGCCUCUAAAGCUCCCCAACUCUUAUCUUCUUUGCAUUUAUUUUGUACCAAAAACAACUUGAGAAAGUAUUCAGUUGGGAUCCAGACAUCCUCACUCCCGGAGGAGUGGCCAUCCCACACCCACCUGUGCCAUAGAGGAGCGGGCCCUGGCACCCACCUGUGCACGACCUGCUCCCCAACACCACAGUGUUAUUUUUAUGUUUAAAGGUCACAUCCUCAUUCACUCAGCCAGUCCUUCAGGUGCCUUCUACUCCCCAGUGCCGAGGUCAGACCACUGGGGUUUCCUGCUGCAGUCACUGGGGGCUGGGAAUAGCAAGGGAUAGAGAAGGGGGUGGAGGGGGCGCUGAGCACUCCCUUGUCUUCAUGAAGCCCACUUUGGGCUCACUGUGCUGCACUGGGAGCUUACUUCUUCACUCUGCCCCUUUCAUUCUUUAGGGCAAAAAACACAGCAGAACCACAUGGGUAUUUUAGUACUUUUUUUUAUAUAUCUAUUAAAAGAAUUCUAAUUUGCAUGUUUGUGUUCUGUUCUGGAGAGUCAGAGAGGGC